AUGUUAGAUCAUCCCUACAAAGCUUCAGUUCUUCUGUUAGAUGGGCAAAUAAUUGAGCUCCUGUUCUCCGCUAAUUCAUCCAUAUUUGAUAUUCUGCCGUCCAUUCCGACAUCAACAAAAUCAGAUGAUGCCCGUCUCAUUCAUUAUGCUGUUCAUGAUGAUCUGAAUCACUUACAUUGGCUAACAGAUGAUAAACGUCUCAUAGAUUUCGUAGAUGUCCAAACAAAAACAAUUUGUAUACAACAACAUAUAAGGUAUUUCGUUGAUUCGGUGCUUUCUCUCAAUGAUCCAGUCGUUGUUGAGCUAUAUUUCCUCGAAGCUCUACAACAACUUAAUAAGAAUGUUCUUGACUUAUCACAAAAAGAUUUGAUUCGUAUAGCAUCUUUACUAUUACAAAUAUAUUCAGGAGACUAUAACAAAGAACAACAUUUGUACGAGCAAAUAGAAUCUGUCCUUCCUAAUUUGGAGUCAAUUCUGAUAAGACAGGAGCUAUUGAAAGAAGAUUUCAUAAAUGAACUCACAAUGGAGUAUAAUGAUUUGAUUGGAGAGAAACGUGGAACGUGUAUGCUCCGAUUGAUGAAAAUACUAGAAAAAUGUGUUCGGUACGGCUGUCGAUAUUACCACAUACGGGAAGAUGGUGACGGUGGCGACACGUGUGUCUUAGCUAUAAACACAAAUGGAAUUCUCGUCUACAAUGAAAUCUAUUCUCGUGAACCUAAGAACUUUUUCCAUUGGCAAUUCAUGGAUAACAUCUACUAUCGAAACGAUAAGUUUUGGAUUGAGAUACGAGAAACAAGAAGAGCUGCAAGUGUCAUUGGAACGGACGCCAAAUCUUUUCUGGAAACUCAAAGUACCGAUGAUGCUGAAUUACUGAAAGCUGUCAACGAUCCAACCACUCAAUUCUCAAUACCACGCAGAUCACUGACAACACCUUGUGUGAACGUUUAUUCAUUUCGUUGUGAUUCUUCUAUGCUCUGUAAAACAAUCUGGCAGACAGCGAUCGCUCAACACCGAUUUUUUCUGGAACAGACAGCUAACAAGUCUCGUAACCCUAGCGGUUCAGUUCUCAACCAUCAAGACCUAAACGAUCGCCUGAAUCGUUUGAUCAGCAAAAGCUCCAUAGGCUCCAGUUUACCAUCCUUGAGUUCUCUUCAUUCCACGUCCUCAUUACCAUCGAUGCCGUCGGCGAAGAUUGCUGACGGCUCUUGUUCCAGUCUGUCAUCCAUGCGCAACGGAGACAACAAAACAGCUUCCGGUUGCAAUGGAAAUGUUAAUGACGAUAAGAAACGAGAGCUUGAACAUUAUAAUAAACUAACUAAGAGAAGGCAGUUUCUCGAUGAGAAGCUCCAGGAAAAGAUGAAAGAACUGUUCAAUGUUUGUUUACUUGAAGCUGAAUAUACGGGCGAAAUUCCAAAAGAAAUGAAAUUUGCUCUGUUUCCUGGUCAAGCACAACCAAAAAUCCGUAAACGAAUUGGAACAUCUUUCAGUAUUCCAGAACGGUUGAUAGCUGUUGACAAGACGGAUAAAUUGGGACUAUUGGAGACUGAUGUUGAACUUCAUAGACGAAUUGUAGCAGCAGCUGAGAAGCUAGCGAUGGAUAAAAGUACAAAUAAAAGUGUUCGAAAGAAGCGUCUAAGAGAUUAUCAGGCUGCAGCUCAAAAAUUGCGAGGCCUUGAAAUGGGUUUGAGCCAACUGCGAUUGUCUAUAAGUAAGCCGGAUGUUUCGUCCAAAUCGAUGGAUGACGACGACCAAGCUGACUGGACCGGCUAUUGCUCUUCUGGAGAGUUAUUGACACGAGCAGUAGCUAAGUCUUGUCCCACAACACCCAGGGGAUCAAUUCCUGAUUUGUUUAACAAAGCUCACGAUGAAGAUGUAAGCAAGUUAGGAACGUCUCAAACAGUUGAUGAUGAUUAUAUAUCUGAUUAUCAAGAAAUUCCAAUAACCGUCAGUCGCAGAACUCCAAGCAAACAAGCUUCUCUCAAUGAAAGAGAUUCGAUAGCUUCAUCAUCUGGAUCUUCGAUCACAGGAUUCACAUCACCACCUUCCUCUUUAAUGCUUAUGACAUCAUCAUCCGAUCCCAUAUGUACCAGUUCUUCUCCCAGGAGUAACAGUACGUCCUCUUCUUUACGAGGACCAUCGGAAUAUCCAAAAAUGACCACAUCAGCAUCUAUGACAUAUAACACGCAUGAUGGAGCUCUUUGUGCUUCUCCUUCUAAUUUCGAAAACGUUGGGUACAGAUCGAAAUCUUACAGAAGUAGUUAUAGACAAGCUCAUUAUCCAACUAUUCAGGACGAGCAAUACUCUCGAAAGCGCGCUGUAUCAGCCCACGCUCUUCCGUCCAGUCAGAAUGGAAUAUCAUCAAGAGCUAAAAUGCCAUCAACAUCUUCCAUUCGAACGAAGUCCACACCUUCGGAUGAUGACGCAACUCCUACAGCUGAUAACCCACCAGUAACAACUAUUGGAAGCUCGGCUACUCUUCAAUUGUCGAAUCAAAAGCGUAAGCCUCUGCCAAACAGUGUCAGCUGUUCUGCUGGUUUCACAGCUAGUCUGGACAGGAGGUCCUCCUUAAGAUCUCCUCCGCAAAAUGAUCACUUGAACCAAUCAUCCAGUAGAUCCCCAUCAGCUCAACGUGUAACAACAUUCCCUGUGUCUGUCCAAAGCAAUCAACAAGCUUCUUCCACCUCUGUCCCACAUCAGUCCAAUGUUCCUUCCUCGUCUUCGUCUUCCAUAAACAACAACAAUGGGAAUACGAUCUUACCACGUUUUCAACCACCCAUUGGACGAAGUCCUUUGGCUUACUUUUCCACAAUGACCAAAAGCACGUUGCCAUCAUCAACAUCAUCGUCCGUUCAACAGUCAAAACUACGUCCAAUGAAUUCGUCCUUGUCUUCUAGCCGAAUUCCAUCAAACACAGAUCCACAUAUGGAAGCUUUACUCUCUUAUUAUAAGAAUAACCCAGUGGCAAAUCAUCAGCCACGUCCUGCAGCAAAAACAGCCACGACUGUUUAA